UCUCCCUCUCCCUCUCUCUCUCUCUCUCUGUCAGAUUUCCCAGCUUGCUCUGCUGCAGGCUGUCAGUCUCUGCAGGUGAGUUGCAGCUUUAAAGACAAAACUUUUCCUCGCUGAUCGUCCUGACCUCUGACCUCUGACCUCAUCAUCACCUCUUCCAGGCGGCAGAGCGACACCCAGACGACAUGUCUCACCUCCUCCUUGUCCUCCUGCUGUUCGUCUCCUCCUCCUCCUCCUCCUCGCUCUCUCCGGCGGUGGCGGUGGCGGGUUCGAGGCCGUGCCCGCACCGCUGCCUGUGUUACGAGCACGCCGACCUGGUGGACUGCCGGGCCCGCGGGUUCGAGCGCGUCCCGCGUGGCCUCCCGCACGGCACCUGGCUGCUGGAGCUGGGAGGAAACAACCUGAGCGAGGUGGGGCCCCGAGCCUUCACCGGCCUCUGGUCCCUCAGGGUGCUGGUGCUGAGAGAGAGCCACGUGCAGCGCAUACGACCACAGGCCUUCUUCUCCCUGUCCUUCCUGGAGAAGUUGGAUCUCAGUUGGAACCAGCUGACGUCUCUGCCUGUCGACUUCUCCGCCUGUCUGUCUGCUCUCAAAGAGCUGCGACUGGAGCACAACAGCAUCCAGCACGUGUCUGGAUACAGUCUGGAGAGCCUGGACAGUGUGGAGAAGCUGGACCUCAGUCAUAACCAGCUGGUGUCUGUGGGCCCCGGUGCGUUCAGGGGCCUCUCCAGGCUCAGACAGCUCUUCCUCCACAACAACAGACUGACUGUGGUCCAGCAGGGCAGCCUGGACAUGCUGCCGGGCCUGGAGGUGCUGCAGCUGGGUAACAACAGCAUCAGUCAGAUCGACAGCGAGGCUCUGGCUCCUCUCUACAGUUUGGCUGUUUUGUCUCUGGAGGGAAACGACCUGCAGCACCUCAAGUUCAAGACCUUCAUCAGCCUGCACACCACGGCCACGCACAUCCAGCUCUCAGGGAACCCGUGGAGCUGUGACUGCGAGCUGCACCGGGUCUUCAGUAAGAUCCUGCGCGUGCGACACCUCCACAUCGACGACUACCGCAACGUGACGUGCCGCGAGCCGCCGCAGCUGGCGGGGGCGUCGCUGGCCUGGGUGGACAGCCAGCUGUGCGUCGCCGAGACCGCCACCGUGCUCGUCAUCACCGGCACCGUGCUCGUCACCGUGGUGGCGGCCAUGGUGAUGGCCGAGAGGAACAGGAAGAGGAACCGCGGGAAGAACUGGGACACGGAGUCGCAGACGCAGACCCAGAGCCCCCCCUCCUGAGAGCGCUACGGCUCUCACCGAGGGACAAAAAGACUCGUCUGGCUGAGCAGGAAACUCUCAGCUGUGAUGCAAGCUAGCUGCUGUCGUGCUCCAUGAAGCUUCACCAGGCAAAGAGUUUAGGGACAGUUGAGUAUUUUAAAGGAACAUUCAAACAUUUUGGUCAAAACCCCCCUUUCCCCGAUUCCCCCAGACUGAGACCAGAUGUUGGACACCAUUCUCUCCUGUGUAUGUUUAGUAGUUCAAUUCCUAUGGGUAGCAUUUUCUGUUAGCUUAGCAUAAAGACUUGAAGUCAAUGGGAGUCAUUAGCCUGGCUCUGUCAAAGUGAAGAAAUAAAGCGUCUGAAGCGUCUGAUUCACACAGAGGAUCAUGUGGAUCUGAGACACAGCUUGGAAGAUAUCUCUUUAAAAGCUGCAGUGUUGUGAGGAGCAGUCAGAUGGUGGCGCUGUAACCUCUGAACACACUCCUCCUCCCGUCUGUGGCAGUGAUCCUCACACCGCUGGAGGAGGAAGA